AUGGUGGAAGAAAGUGAUUCUUUCAAAGGAAUGAAGAAGCUCAAAUCAGCAAUCCUCUUGUUUCUGAUGAUGGUUUUUGUUGGCUAUAUUUUGAUUUGGUUUAUGAUGCCAACCAACACCUUUUAUCUUCAUUGGUUGCCUGACAUUCAACUAAAAACAGAUUCAACCUAUUUUGGGCAGCAAGGUGCAAACAUUCUUGUCUACACAUUUCCCAUCCUUUUCAUAGCAACUUUGAGUUGUAUAUAUCUUCAUAUAAGAAAGAAAAUUGAUGGCAAUAACACAGAAAGGUAUCGGGUUUCAAAUUUGGCAUCAUGGAUGCGACCUGUGCUCGUCAAAGGUCCUCUUGGAAUUGUUUCUUGGACGGAACUAUCCUUUUUAGCCAUGUUCAUUACUCUGCUUGUCUGGUCUUUCUCUUCUUACUUGCAUGGUAUGUUUGCCAAUAUCAACCAACAGGCAGAACAAAUGAGAAGGAAUGUGUGGGAAGCAAAGUUAGGAAGCUCAGCACUUAUGCUAGGCCUAGUUGGGAAUAUUUGUCUAGCUUUUCUCUUCUUCCCCGUGACGAGAGGGUCUUCGAUUUUGCAGUUCCUUGGCCUCACAUCAGAGUCAAGCAUCAAAUACCAUAUUUGGCUGGGGCAUAUUUCCAUGACCUUCUUCACUGCUCAUGGUUUAUGUUACAUCAUCUUUUGGUCCAGGACAAACCAAAUAUCAGAGAUGUUGAAAUGGGAAAAGAUUGGCGUAUCAAAUAUGGCAGGGGAAGUGGCAUUGCUCUCUGGAUUAGUAAUGUGGGCAACAAGCUUCCCUCGCAUAAGGCGAAAGAUUUUCGAGCUCUUUUUCUAUACUCAUCAUCUCUAUGUUGUCUUUGUUGUCUUCUUCGUUUUCCAUGUGGGGUUCUCCUAUUCUUGCAUCAUGCUCCCUGGCUUUUACCUAUUCUUGAUUGAUAGGUACUUGCGAUUCUUACAAUCCCAACAAAGAAUUGCCCCGGUUUCAGCUCGGAUUCUACCCUGUCAGGUUGUUGAGUUGAACUUAUCCAAAUGCCCAGGAUUGAGUUACUCUCCAAGAAGCAUCGUGUUUCUAAAUGUACCUGCAAUUUCCAAGCUGCAAUGGCAUCCUUUUACUGUUACUUCAAGCAGCAAUUUUGAUCCUGAGAAACUAAGUGUUGUCAUCAAAAGUGAAGGAAGUUGGUCUCAUAAUUUGUAUGAUAUGUUAUCAUCCUCUCCACAUAUAGAUCGCCUUGCGAUAUCUAUUGAAGGACCCUAUGGACAUACUUCAACGAACUUCCAAAGGCACGAAAUGCUAGUGAUGGUGAGCGGAGGAAGCGGCAUCACUCCUUUCAUUUCCGUCAUUCGCGAGCUCCUCUUCAGGGCCAACAAGGCGACCGGAAAGACUCCAAGCAUAUUGCUUGUUUGCGCUUUUAAGACAUCUCUAGAUCUCACCAUGCUAGACCUCAUCCUCCCAGUUUCAGACACUAACUUCGAUAUCUCUUGCUUAUUACAACUACGAAUUGAAGCCUAUGUCACAAGAGAGAAGCAGCCCCCAACGGAUAGCUACAAAUUCCCUCAAACUAUAUGGUUCAAACCCGACACUUUAGAUGUGUCGGUUUCUGCAAUACUGGGACAGAACAGUUGGCUGUGGCUUGCCAUGAUUGUUUCGUCUUCUUUCGUUAUUUUUCUUCUGCUCAUCGGCGUACUCACACGAUACUACAUAUACCCGAUUGACCAUAAUUCUAAUAUAACCUACUCUUUCUCUUCCAAAUCUGCACUGAACAUGUUAUUCGUGUGCAUCUCCAUAGCCACAACUGCAACUCUGGUUUUUCUAUGGAACAAGAAACGGAAUGCAAACGAAAUGAGGCAGAUUCAGAACACGAACACAGCAUCACCGAUAAAUACCUCGCCAAGCGCAUGGUUCUACGAUGCUGAGAGAGAGUUGGAAAGCCUUCCUCGCCAGUCUUUGGUUCAAGCCACCACAGUUCACUACGGUACAAGACCUGAUUUGAAAAAAAUACUGUCGGAGUGCAAAAGCUCAAGCGUCGGGGUUCUUGUAAGCGGCCCGAGGAAAAUGAGGCAAGAAGUGGCUGCAAUAUGUUCUUCUGGUUCCGCAAAUAAUCUACAUUUCCACUCCUCAAGCUUCAGCUGGUGAACUGAGCUGUAGAGAAACUGCACUUUCUACGUUUCUUUGAAAGUUCUGUAGUCUCGUUUUACCUACG